AUGUUUGAGGACGACCACUUGCGACAAAAAGUGAUUGUCGAACGUAAAGGACAAGAAGUCCAAUUGUUGGUCUUUGGUCCUCAAGACCCGAUCAAAGGGAAAGUGUUAUUAGAAAUGUCGAACUUAAGAAAAGGACUCCAACACAAUGGGAUUAAACUGGUCUUGUCUGGUGUAUUUGAAUGCCAAAGUGGCCUUCGCCCACAAAAUGUUGUUGAGAUGUCUGUUGAUUUGUGCGGACCGGGAGUGUUGACCAGUCAAAAAGUGAUGUAUCCCUUUGAAUUUGCUCCAUUGAAGCAAUACGAAUCGUUCAGUGGUGCUUUCAUGAGACUGAAGUAUGUCCUCCGAGUGAACAUCCUUUCGAAAUCGCCAUCAAGUCCCGUGGAAACUGAAAUUGCUUUUGUUGUACCUAAUACCCCCCCAAUGACUCAAAGUCUCGAUCAAACUAUAAAAGUCUCGACGUCCAAUUUCCAAUUGAAGUUGACGAAAAACGUCUAUGCUAUAGAUGAUGUCCUUAUGGGAAGUUUGGCUGUUACUAAUAUUGACUUUGCUUUAUCCAAAAUAGAUCUGACUUUGGUCAGAAAGGAAUUUGUUCAAAUUCCCGGGAAACCUAUGACGGAAAAGAUUGCAAAACCAUUGAAGACUAUGCAAUUGGUAGAUGGGGCGUUAGCUGGUCAUGACAUUGUGCCUAUUAGAAUCUUCUUGAAAAAAUUGCCGUUGUCACCGUCGAUGAAGAACGUUGGAAACAUCUUCACCGUCUCCUAUUUCCUCUCCUUUGAUUUCUUUAAUAUCCAAGGAGAUAAAAAGAACUAUAUGUUCGAAAUUGAACUCUUUAGAAGCAAUCAACCACCUGUGAACUGUAUAAUCACUCCACCUGUCAAUGUCGUCAAUUUGGACUUCUUAACUCCCGCUCCUAAUGGGUUUAAAAAAGAUUUAAUCCUCGAACAAAAUAUUAUUAAACCAGAAGCUUCUCAAGAGACAAUUCAACAACCUUCUGAACAACAAAAAGAUGAAAUGAAGCACGUUGUUGUGCAACAAGAAGUCGUUGAAGAGAAGAAUGAAGAAAUUAAUGAGGAAGUGAAGGAAGAAGUAAAAGAAGUUGUUAAAGAAGAAAAGAAAGAAGACAAAGACUUGACGUUUGGAGACUUCAUCCAAAACGGUGAAGAAGCUCAACCACAAGAGACUGAAGCACAAAAGUAA